CUAACCCGUUUCAGGCAAUCUCAGCUGUAUCAAACUGAAGCAUUCACUGGAAAAUCCUAGAAAAGAGAGUCACUUUUACCGGGGUUUUUGCAACAGGACAACAUGAAGGCAGCGCAGCUUGAAGCCGCUGAAGCUGUGGACGCGAACCCGCCGGCUCAAGGGCUGAAGAAAUGGAUGUCGAUGGUCGACUUCGCUCUUCGUAUCGUCGCGGCCAUCGGGACGCUGGGUAGCGCCAUAGCCAUGGCGACGACUAACCAAACGCUGCCUUUCUUCACUCAGUUCUUACAGUUCAGGGCCCAGUACAACGAUCUGCCGUCUUUCAUGUUCUUUGUCAUAGCGAACGGCAUGGUCUGCGGCUAUCUCGUUCUUUCGAUCCCAUUGUCCAUCUUCCACAUCAAGCGGCCCGAGUUGACAAUCACAAGGAUCAUCUUGAUCAUCUUCGACACGGCGAUGAUGGCUCUUCUCACUGCCGGAGGAUCUGCUGCUGCCGCCAUCGUCUACUUAGCCCACAACGGCAACAGCAGUGCAAACUGGUUCGCCAUCUGCCAACAGUUCGGCUCGUUCUGCGAGCGAAUCACAGGAUCUUUGAUCGGCUCUUUCGCAGCAAUGCUCGCCAUGAUAUUGCUGAUCAUUCUCUCUGCCGUGGUCAUUUCUCGACACUAAUGCGUUCACUGCUGGCCAGGGCAUCACAGUACUCUGUGUCUCCGGGCGUUUGGGUCUGUCGGUUAAAAUUUUCUUCCUUUGAAUCAGUUCGUAUGUGUAAAAUGCGCACAAGCAUGUGCAUAGUGCAACUUUACUUCUGUUAGUGUACUCUAGGAUUCCAUUGAUUGAGCGCCUAAGGAUUUCAAAUGUAAAACCGAAGUGUUCUUUGUCUUGUUAAUGAAAAUAAAUGUGACAUGACCAGUUCA